CGAGUAAGAGAAGAAAAGAGAGAGAGAACUCUCCGGGGAUGGAAGCGGAAAAGGCUAUGACUCCGCCAACCAUGGAUAAUAGGGUUAACCGCCUGCCGAUCACACCAGCAGUAGCGCGAGGAUGCGAAGGACUUUGGAGCCUUAGGGAAAGAGUGUUGGGAUGGUUUGACCCGGAAGGAACUAUGAAAACCAGGGAGGGACAGAAGACCAGCAAGGAAAGUCCGGAUAACAGUGUGGCAAGCGAGGCCAGCAGCUCCGAGGGCGGCCUUAAGAAGAUAGUGUCGUCCCUUGCGCGAGCACUAAACAAAAAUCAAGGCUAUCUGGCAGACGCCAAGAAAAAGCUGACUUUCAAUGGAGCAAACAUCACGGAGUUCCUGAUCGAAUACGAGAACCUAGCUGCGUUACUAAAGUGGACCGAGGAGGAAAAGAUGGACCAUCUAGGACAGCAUGUGUCGUUAAGCCUAGGACGGGACAUAAUGGUCAUUGUAGCCGCAAGCCGGUCUUCGAAGGAGACCGGGGAUGUGAUGAUGAGGAAGUACCUAGCGGCAGAGAAAAUGGCAACGGAGGCCGACCUAGCGGCAGUUCAGAGGAAAAACUUCGCAACGUACAAUGAUUUCCUACGGGAAUUUACUCUGGUAGCACUAAGGAUCCCGGGGGUCACGGACCGGAUAAUGAGCAAAUAUUUCCUUAGGCAGUUCUCUGAGUUCGACAAAGACAAGAUCCUGUCAGCUUACCAACAGACGAGCAAGUUGGUAAACACGCGGGAUGUUGAUUUUAGUACGGUAACGGAUCUGGCUGAGAAAACGGUAGUAACGGAGACGUUGGCCUUGGUCAAGGAAGGAGAGAUCAGAGAUCUGACCGGUAGGACGGGUGACAAGGUAAAGAAGGGGAUUGAAAGUCUACAUGAACGGGUGCACGGGGUCGACAAUAAGAUUGAGAGGAUGGAAGGCGCGCUACUGGUUAUGCAGGCGCAAGUAUCCCGACCUGCCCUCUCUCCCCAGGAAGUUGUGGUUCCGCUAGGUGUAGCAAACCGAGGAUUCGGACGGAGAGAUCCUGUGAACGAGCAAUGCAAGUACUGUACCUCGAUAGGACAUUAUGUGCGCGCGUGCCCAAAGCUCAACCAUGAUAUUCUGAAAAGAAGGUGUACCAGGUCAUUAAAGGGGGAGAUAUUUGGGUCACAAGGGGAACGGGUGAACUGGAACUCACCAGGAGGGAUGCGGCGAGCCAUUAUCCUGCUCAACGGAUUAGAAAUAACAGUCGUAGAAGCCGAACUGGUGGGUGAGAUCAUCUGGGAUCAACUCCGGGGGGGCGGACCCCAGGCCAACUUCAUUUUGGGAAGCGACGGACGUGAUAGGGUGAACGCAACCACUCGACUGGGAACGGCCGGGAGAGGGAUUAACCGUGACACCAUUAUAGAGGAGGUCGUUGGAAGCUCCGAACCCCAGGCGGAGCCUGAGGCCGAGGAACCAAAGAAAGUCUAUGGGAAGCCUAGGGAAGAGGAGCCUGCGAACAAGGCUAGCCCUAGGUUGCUCAAAGGGCUCAGACAUCUGUCGACUCGGAGGCGAGUAGAAAUAGGCGACGACCCCGAAUUGCCAGAAGGGGAGAGGGAGGAGGAAGCUCCGCAAGAAGUAGCUAACCUUCAAAGGAGUCACGGGGACUUUGAGGAUCUCGAAAAGGCCUUUGCAGACAUUCGUUUGAGCUUGCCCGACCGAGAGGGCGGCGAAGUCAUGAUAUCACCACCCGGGACGAAGCUUAGCUUUCAUGCGCUAACCGUAGGGAAAUUGAAAAUCCAGAUCGGGAGUCAUCACACCGACGCAUUAGUAGAUGGGGGAGCAGAAAUCACUCUAAUAAGGAGAGAUUUCGCAACGAUCAUGAGAUGUACGGUAAACAAGGAAGUAACAGGGAGCAUCCGGGGAGCUGGCGGGGAGAUUCCGUUCGCCGGGUACAUCACGAAGUGUGCUGUGAAGGCAGGGGUCAGGGAAUCGAUCUUGUCGUUUCAGCGGAUGACCGUAAUGGAGGAAAUGGACCACGACAUAAUCCUCGGGAGACCGUGGUGCGUGAACGUAGAGAUGAUAGGCAUGCACUUGCAUGAUGGCUCGUACAUGGUAGACAUAGAGGACCCUGUGACCAGCUGGGGAGAGCUCCUCCAACUCCUUGGAACGGGAGGAGAUCCCCCAAAGGGGAAAUUGGCAACAUGGUCGCCGUCGUUCGAGGAUAGCACGCGAAAAGGGGCUUUCGCACGGAUGGAGGAUAUGAGAGAAAAGGUAGAAAUCAUGAUUGAGGAGGCAUUCAACAAGAAGGAGUGGAUCAAGAUGGGCCUGCCCCAGAAGAAGAGGAGGCAGGAGGACGAAGUCCUAGGUGUUAUGGUAGCGGAAAAGGAGUCAGAGGUCGAACUUGGUGCUAACCUGCCCAAACGGAAAAAAGUACGCAUAGACGUGCCAGAAGUCGCACUUGAGAUCCCCGAUCUAUUGCAACUCAUCAAGGCCCUCAAAUACCACAAGGUAGGAGUGGAUUCGGCAACCUUGGCCAAGUUCGAAAGAGAGGUGCAAAAGGGAUAUUGCCUGAAUGGGAAACUAGUUAGUAUUCAACCACGAGUCGUAGAGGCGGCAGGGGCAAUUCCGACUGUUCAUUUCUUAGGAGAAAGAUCCCGGAAGGAAGUGUUCGAAAGAGAAGUGACAGACCUCCUCCGAGCAAAGAUGGACUCCUUCGUUGCGGAACCUACGGCAUCGCCAUACGCAAAUCGGUGGUUCGUCUUUCGGAAGCCUAACAAGACACUAAGGUGGAUUCACGACGUGCAUAAGUUGAAUGCGGUAACCAUCCGGGAUGCUGGCUCGCUACCUCAGGCUGACUUAUUAGCAGAAUCGCUCGCCGGUCGGAGCAUUUACUCCCUGAUAGAUUUGUACUCGGGGUAUGACCAGCUUCUGUUGGAUGUUCGGGACAGGCCAUACACCACUAUGCACACCCCCGUAGGCCAACUACAGAUGCAAGUGACCCCUAUGGGAUUCACAAACGCGGUGGCCGAAGCGCAACGCAGGAUGCUCGCCGUGGCCGGGGACAUGUUCCCAGAAAAAUGUGAGCCUUACAUCGAUGACAAUCCGAUCAAAGGCGCGCAGGAGAAGGACGAGACGGAAAUCCAGCCAGGGGUCCGACAUUUUGUGUGGGACCACCUGCAGGACAUCAAGGACUUACUCCGUCGGUUCCUAGUAUACAACAUUACGGCUAAUGGACCGAAGAGUAUCCUAGCAGUACCAGAGGUAACUAUACUAGGAUUUCGUUGCAGUGCUUACGGCAGGAAGCCAGAUCCGGCAAAGACCGACAAGAUAUCACAGUGGCCGACACCGAUGCGCAUGACAACGGAGGAGCACCGAACCUUGAAGAACACGAUUGCAAAGCUCACAGCGGACCAUCUGGAGAACUGGCCUAGGUAUCUUAAGCAGGCUGUCUUUGCGGAGAAUAUGACCCCUAAAAGGACAACGGGAUGUAUCCCGACAUAACUUUGGUACGGAAGAGAGGUCGAUUUUCCUGUGGAAGCCUUGGUACCUACCUGGAAUAGGGUAGAUGAUGAUCCGCAAAUGACCAUUGAAGAGUUAAUCGAGGCAAGAUGUCAACAAAUCCUUAAGAAUGAG